AUGCUCCCAUCUCUUAAUUCAACACUGACUGUCUUCAGCGUCGUCGCAGUGCAUGGGUUAGGCGCGCACCCCGAAUUUACUUGGACGACGAGAGGCCCAAACCAGUCUCGCGUAAACUGGCUAACGGACCUUUUCCCACGAGACUUCAGCAAAGCACGGGUCAUGACAUUUGGCCAUAACUCUGACUGGUUUGUCCGGGCGAGCAACAACACACCGUUUGAAAAUGCCAAAAUGCUUUUACGAGCAGUUAACGAGGAAAGGCGUGAACACCACAAGUGUCCCAUCAUUUUCAUCGGCCAUAGCUUUGGUGGCAUUAUUAUCAAAGAGGCAAUAUGCUUGGCGGAAACAGAUAAACAGUAUAGGGACAUAUUGGAUGAUACAAUCGGUAUCAUCUUUCUUGGAACGCCCCAUCAAGGGUCCAAUGUCUCGCAGUUUGGAGCUCUCAUAGCACGCUUGACACGGGUAUUUGGAUCAAGCACCAUACUACUAAAGAGUCUCUAUAGGGAUAACCCUCAUCUAUCAGACUUACAAGAACGAUUCAUGAGCGUUAUUCGGAGAAGAAAAGACAUUAAGCUCGUCACAAUGUAUGAGAAGCACCAUACGUACUUUGCUCAACUUAUUUAUCUAGGCUUUAUAGUCGAGAGGAAUGCUGCAGUGCUUGAUGUGGCCGAAAACAUCGCAGUUGAGAAAGAUCAUAUGGGGCUGAACAAAUGUGCCUCACCAGAUGAUCCGGCCUAUGACGCAAUUUGUCAAGGCAUCAAUAAAAUACGGGACCAUGCAGAGAGCAGAGGCUGGAAGAAAAACUAUUUAAACUGGUCCGAGAGGUCAAGGCUCUAG